AUGUCGCAGCUCGAGAGCCAUGUCACGGUUCAGAAGCGAGCUUACUACUCUCCGCCAUGGGCAGAUGUUAGCAUCAUCGCCGUCGCUGGCAGCUCGGGCUCCGGCAAGUCGACGCUAUCCCAGACGAUAGUGAAGAAGCUCAACCUGCCCUGGGACUCGUUCUAUAAGACAUUGACCCCUGCCCAAUCCAAACUGGCAUUUGCCAACGAGUACGACUUCGACUCUCCAGAUGCCAUUGAUUUCGAUGCCCUGAUUAACACUCUGCGAGAUCUGAAAGCUGGAAAGCGAGCAGAGGUUCCCGUAUAUUCUUUUGCCAAGCAUGCACGACUGGAACACACCACAUCCAUCUAUUCCCCGCACGUACUCGUUUUGGAAGGCAUUUUUGCCCUCUACGAUCCGCGGGUUCGUGAGUUGUGUGAUAUGGGAAUCUACUGUGAUGCAGAUGCAGAUACCUGCCUGUCGCGGAGAAUUGUUCGAGAUGUUCGGGAGCGAGGUCGAGAUGUCGAGGGCUGCAUAAAGCAGUGGUUCGCUUUCGUGAAACCCAACUUUGAAAAGUUCGUCGAGCCACAACGCAAAGUAGCGGACUUAAUCGUACCCAGAGGAAUCGAGAAUCGAGUGGCACUUGAUAUGAUGGUUCAAUUCAUCGAAAAGAAGCUGUUUGAGAAGUCUACUCAUCAUCGUGAGGCUUUGGCUAGGCUUGAGGUCAGAGACAGAGACGAGCCUCUAUCCGAACGUGUCGUAGUCAUGAGCGAGGGGCCUCAAAUCAAGUUCAUGAACACUAUUCUUCAGGACAUAGACACGUCGGCCGAAGACUUCAUCUUCUACUUCGAUCGCCUUGCUGCCUUAAUCAUUGAACAGGCUCUGAACAACGUCCAGUUUGAAGAAGCGGCCAUUGAGACGCCGCCUGGUUAUACGUACAACGGUUUACGACCCAAGGGAGAGGUUAGCGCCGUGAUUGUGCUCCGAGGAGGGUCGGCCUUUGAGCCCGCCCUGAGAAAAACCAUCCCGGACUGCAGAACAGGCCGCCUCCUGAUCCAGUCCAGCUAUUCAACCGGCGAACCAGAACUUCACUACCUGCGCCUUCCCGAAGAUAUCCACAAGCAUGAGAGCGUGCUACUGCUAGAUACGCAGAUGGCUAGCGGAGGAGCAGCUCUGAUGGCAGUCCAAGUUCUUGUCGACCACGGCGUUGCACUGGAACGUAUCGUCUUGGCAACUUAUUCCGCAGGAAAAGUUGGCUUGCAUAGGUUGAUGACGGUGUUCCCAGAGAUCACGGCCGUGGUUUGCAAUCUCCUUCCCCAUGCAGAGCAGCGUUGGGUUGAAAAGAGAUACUUUCGCUGCUGA